AAUAAAAAAAUAGACAAAGAGAGGUUUAUCUGAUUCAGUCACUGAACGUGGUCUUGAUAUGGGGGCAGAGUGGACCAACACGCUCAGAAGCAGAUAAGGGAAUCCCCCUCUGUUUCCAAAACGCCAUGGAAACACUGAGAGACAUCAGGCAAGCCUACCAGGACGCAGGGAGGGGAAGCAGAGGAGGUUUGUCUCUGCCGAGCCUGGCCGACAACAGCAGACGCUGGAGCCAUCUGGAUCCUGCUCCAUCAGCUGGUUUGCUGAGUACCCGGACCUCCUGCCUGCUGGUUCCUCCUAAACACUGGCAGAGAACAAGAAGUGUGGUUGCUGCAUCUUCAUCCUCCCCUGGCCUGCUGUCUGUGGCUGAGCCCCACCAGCUCAGCCAAUCAGCCCCCAGCAUCAUGGAACCACCGCUGUGCUCAAACACUAUGCUGCAGGCCAGAGCGCACAUCCAGACCCGACUGGGUUCUCAAGACACUAUGAAUAAACAAAAGUUCUCACAGGGUCCCUUGCUGGCUCCGCAUCCCAGAACACCCAAGCUGUUGGCACCACUAGACAGCAGGCCCAGGGACAUUGUGUCUCUGCCAUCACUAAAGUGCCACAUUCCCCUGAAGCCCAUCAGCCGUACCCCUCUUUGCUCCAGGACCCGGCUGAGGAGAGAAAGGCUGUCAUGGGGCAGCCCAGGCACUGUCCCUCUGACCAUGAAGGGUGGAAGUGAGGAGAGCGGGUCCAGCAGCGGCAGCCUCAGUUCCAUCGACCUGGAGGAUGAGGAUGAGGAAGAUGGGAGGGAAAUACCUAUUAGAACUUCAGGAGAAAGCCCUCUGAAGUUUGUUGGCGAGAGAUUGUUGGUGCAUUUGAAUGAUGUGAGCUCCACUGAGGGUGAUUUGGACAGGGAGACACGGCAGCCAAGGAUGAGUCAUAUGCCUAAGAUCCACAGAUCAGCACAUGACCUGGAUGGGGAGGCUGUUAAUCAUAUAAAUGAUCUUCUAUGCACUGAAAAAGUUGUAAACUCUUACUGUGAAGGUGAAGUGACCAAUAUGGAUAAUACAAAGGAGCCAGUUGACUGUCAGUCCCUUAUAAAAUGUAACUAUGCACAACAAGGAGAUACUGUGAACAAUAAAAUACCUAUCACAUCAAAAUCUAAGGAGGAAGAGAGCCACGUGGGCUACAGCCCAGAGCCAGAGACUGAGACUAGUCAUGAGAUAACACAUAAUAUGAAUAAAGACCAAGUUGAUGUUCCUGCAUCUUCUGAAGGGACUUGCACAAACGACCUGCAGUGUACAAAACAGACAGAAAGAACAAUGAAGGAUUCCUUUUAUGAAGAAACCUGGUUAGGCAACCCAACCCCACAUAGAGAGGAUGUUAAAUUAACAAAAAGCACUACUGAAAAGAAAGUCCAAUUAUUUGCUCCAUGUCUAGACCUUCCAGUGUCAAACAUGGAUCCUAAGAGGGGACAGAAGAUGUUGAAAGCCUUAAAGCCUGCCCAGAACAAGGAGAGAAGAACCAGCACGAACUGUGAACUCAGAACAAACAUUCAAACAAACCAGCAUUCCUUCAACAUACUGGCACACAAAGACCGAAGCACCCUUAAUCGAAACAAGUCCAAAGGCAAUUUGAAGUACUCCUCACCUUCGGCACAAGUUAGAGAGAAAACCAGGAAAAGCCCUGAGCUAAUGAUUAGCGGAGAGACAGUCACAAAAGUAAAGUCGAAGCUUAAAUCUGUCAGAGGCACUCAUUGUAACACUGGCACCUCAUCACCACGAAAGAAGCUUAUUAAUCAGAACAGAAGAUCAAAUCCUGACAAGUUGAACCAACCAGCGAGGGAGCCAAACAGCACCCAGCAGCUGAAGAGGGCCGCAGGGAUACCGAGGUCUAAAUCUUCUGUAGACUUCAUCACCUACAAAGACAUGUUUCAGCAGAUACAGAGUGGUGAGGAAGGACCAGCCAUCUAUGAGAUGUUUGCCGGUCCAAUUUAUGAUAACCUUCGAGUUUCCAGCUCCUGUGAUAAAGUCAAGGACAGACAAGUGCAGUCUGCUCCGUCUAGGAAGACACAACAGAACCAUAAAGUAAAACAUAGACCACUGAAACAAGCACAGAGGAGAAUACCAGGGGACAGCAUGGUGGCUUCAGCUAAAAGCAAACCAAAACUUGUUUCCCCAAGGGUAAAAACUAACCUCACACCUGCACCAAGGAAAGGCACUCACAAGAUUACAGAUAUGCCUAAAUCUGAUGAGAACACAGAGUUAGUUCUCUCUAAGGAGGUUGACAUUUGUAACAGCAGUGCUCAAGAAAAAGCCAAAGAUCAUAUGUUAUCUACCAUAGAGGAGGCUCUUUCUAGGUAUGGAUCUGAAACUUUCAAAUCUGAUGACAAAACACUGACUAUGCCAGCAGCUUCAUCUCAUGCUGAAGAUUAUAGUCAACUGCACAUGAAUAUGCAAGAAAUAGGAAGCCCAAACCGACCAGUUCCUGAGCCUGUAUCAUCUCAAAGCCCCCAACAGCCAAAGAUCAACACCUGGACAUCGUCUAGCAGCAGUAGCCAAACCAUCAUGUCACCAGUUUACCAGAAGUUUCUGGAUGAGGUAGGGGACGGGCCACUUACAGAUGACUUGCUGCAAUGUCUGGCCGAGGAGCUGAUCUCAUUGGACGAGAGGGAUGUAUCUACAGGACCUGAAAAUCUGGAGUCCAACAGAAAAGAUGGUGCCGAGACAGGACGAAGGAUAACUCCUGAGGUUAAUCCAACAGACAGUGCUGCUCUGCUUGGCUCUGGGUUGGUUGUAGAUGAAACCAUCACAUGGACAAAGGGUGAAGUUCUUGGCAGAGGAGCCUAUGGGACAGUGUACUGCGGCCUGACCAGCCAGGGCCAGCUGAUAGCUGUGAAGCAGGUAAGCCUGGAUACCUCUGACCCCAAUGCUGCAAAGAGGGAGUACAGUCGUCUGCAAGGGGAAGUGGAGCUGCUAAAAACCCUCAGACACACCAACAUAGUGGGCUUCCUUGGGACCUCACUUUACCAGCAUGUGGUUUCCAUCUUCAUGGAGUACAUCCCAGGAGGAUCCAUUGCCAGUGUCCUUCACAGGUUCGGGCCUUUGCCAGAGCGUGUCCUAGCGCUAUACACCCAACAGAUCCUGGAGGGGGUGGCCUACCUUCACUUGAACAGGGUGAUUCAUCGUGACUUGAAGGGAAACAAUGUCAUGCUGAUGCCCACUGGUGUCAUCAAGCUCAUAGACUUUGGCUGUGCACGCCGUCUGAGCUGCCUGAACCACACUGCAAGCAACAGUGGAGAUCUGAUCAAGUCUGUCCACGGCACACCUUACUGGAUGGCACCAGAGGUUAUCAAUGAGACAGGAUAUGGCAGGAAGUCAGACAUAUGGAGUGUGGGUUGCACCGUGUUUGAGAUGGCCACAGGGAAACCACCACUGGCACACAUGGACAAGAUGGCUGCCUUGUUCUACAUUGGGGCUCAAAGAGGGUUGAUGCCCUCAUUACCUGAUGCGUUCUCAGAUAACGCCAAGGAUUUUGUAAAAAUCAGCUUGACGAGUGACCAGAGACUACGGCCAUCUGCAGAGCAGCUGCUGAAGCAUUCAUUCAUCCCACAAAGAGAGACAGGAGUGAUCUCUUGGGAAAUACAGAAAAAGAACUGCUGUGGUCACCCAAGAGGGCUGUGUGGUUAA